AUGUUGCGUUACACCAGCAAAUCCUUCAAGUUCGAUGGCUUAAUCGGCGAAGAUGGCUGCGACUGGGCUCUUAACAAGACGGAAAUCUCUGACCAGAGCAUUUUCAAUCAAACAGUGUGGGUUCUUUUGGGCAAUGUGACGGCAAAAGCUGCGAAGUCAAACUUGCCGGAUAAGAAAUUUGCCACCCACGAAGUUCCAGUCUCGGCCAAGCAGAAGCUGUACGGGUUAGCACAGUGCACGCCGGACUUGACGACGGCAGAAUGUAGCCAGUGUUUUGAAACGGCCUUACGACAGCUUGAGGAUUGUGAUGAAGAUACGAGGAAGCUUCAGGAAUAUUUACCAGAUGUUCAUCCCUCGCCUCCGCUUGUUCCUCUUGCACCUUCAGGAAAACGACAUGCUGGAGCACAAAUUAUUGCAGUGAUUAUUGUUGCUGUCAUUGUUAUUUCAGUGACGCUUUUUUGUUCGAUGAGCUGCUAUUUGCUAACGAGAAAACUACGGAGGAGCCAGCAAUCUAUUCUUACACAAAACUUUGGCAAAGAAAGUUCAAAGCUGAAGUCCUUGCGAUUUAAUCUUGCCACAAUUAAAGCUGCAACGAAUAACUUUUCUCCCCAGAACAGAAUUGGUAAAGGUGGGUUUGGACAUGUACACAAGGGAAUUCUUCGUGAUGGCCAAGAAAUUGCGGUUAAAAGACUCUCCAAAAAUUCUAAGCAAGGAGCAUUAGAAUUUAAGAAUGAAGUUUUACUGAUAGGCAAACUCCAACACAGAAAUCUAGUGACUUCAUUGGUGUUUUGCUUGGAAGAACAAGAGAAAAUUCUUGUUUACGAGUAUGUUCCUAAUAAGAUUGGAGAAGAAAGUUCCAGCUUGAAAUCCAUGCGAUUUAGUUUGUCUGCAGCUGAAGCUGCAACGAAUAAGUUUUCUCAGGCCAAUAAAAUAGGAAAGGGAGGAUUUGGAGAAGUUUACAAGGGUAUUCUUCCUAAUGGGCAAGAAGUUGCACUCAAGAGACUCUCUAAGGGUUCUCAACAAGGUGCACUAGAAUUCAAAAAUGAAGUUUUACUAAUAUCCAAACUUCAGCACAGGAAUUUAGUGGCUUUGAUUGGAUUUUGCUUGGAAAAUCAAGAGAAGAUACUUAUCUAUGAAUAUGUGCCCAACAAGAGCAUCGAUUGCUUUCUAUUCGGUUCACAACAAGAGCAAAAAAUGUCAACUUGGUUUGAACGGUGCAAAAUUAUUAGAGGAAUUGCCCAAGGACUUUCAUAUUUACAUGAACAUUCACGAUUCAAAAUUAUCCAUCGUGACUUGAAACUCAGUAAUAUUUUAUUUGAUAACAAUAUGAAUCCCAAGAUAUCAGAUUUUGGCAUAGCAAAGAUGUAUGCUAAUGCUAUCGAUCAAAACGAAGAAAGUACGAGUAAGAUUGUGGGAACACAUGGCUAUAUGGCUCCUGAAUAUGUAAUGUAUGGAAAAUUUUCGGAAAAAUCAGAUAUUUUCAGUUUUGGUGUUAUAAUUCUGGAGAUAAUUAGUGGCAGGAGAAACGGCAGCUCCAAUGAACCACACCUCUUAAGUCAUGCUUGGAAACAAUGGCAGAAUGGGACACCACUUGAAAUAUUGGACCCAUAUCUGAUGAGAGGAUCUUAUUCAGAAAAUGAAAUCAUAAAAUGUCUGCAGAUUGGGUUAUUAUGUGUUCAAGCUGAUCCAAAUGAUAGACCUACGAUGUCUAACGUUGUUUUCCAUCUGAGCAAUCUGUGGAUUGAAUUGCAAAAUCCAAGAGAACCUGCCUUCUUUACUCCUGGAAGUGGAAUAAGAGAGGUCUUCUACGAAUGA